UAAGGUGGGGAAAGAACUCCCCCUCUCCACCCUUCCCGGUGCGGGUGCGAGUGAUUAUGGGGAAGGACCAGGAGCUAUUGGAAGCGGCUCGAACUGGGAAUGUGGCUUUGGUGGAGAAACUCCUCUCUGGGAGGAAAGGAGGGAUCCUAGGCAGUGGUUCCGGGGCUCUGCCACUCUCAAGCCUGCUAAGCAUCUGGCGAGGCCCCAAUGUGAACUGCACAGACAGUUCGGGUUACACUGCUUUGCACCAUGCAGCUUUAAAUGGACAUAAGGAUAUAGUGCUCAAGCUGCUUCAGUAUGAGGCCUCGACAAAUGUAGCUGACAACAAGGGCUAUUUUCCUAUACACCUUGCUGCGUGGAAGGGAGAUGUGGAGAUUGUCAAGAUUCUUAUCCACCGUGGACCCUCACAUUCCAGGGUCAAUGAGCAGAAUAAUGAAAACGAGACAGCGCUACACUGCGCUGCUCAGUAUGGACACUCGGAGGUCGUCGCUGUCCUCUUGGAGGAGCUCACAGAUCCUACUAUCCGAAAUAGCAAGUUGGAAACCCCCCUGGAUCUGGCGGCCCUCUACGGUCGGCUGCGGGUGGUGAAGAUGAUCAUCAGUGCCCAUCCCAACCUCAUGAGCUGUAACACCCGCAAGCACACGCCCCUGCACCUCGCUGCGCGCAACGGUCAUAAGGCUGUGGUGCAGGUGCUGCUGGAGGCAGGGAUGGAUGUGAGCUGUCAGACGGAAAAGGGGAGUGCACUCCAUGAAGCAGCCUUAUUUGGAAAGGUGGAUGUUGUCCGGCUUCUGUUAGAAACGGGGAUUGAUGCUAACAUAAAAGACAGCUUAGGCAGGACUGUCUUAGAUGUGCUGAAGGAGCACCCAUCGCAGAAGUCUCUCCAAAUUGCUGCGCUGUUACAAGAAUAUUUGGAAGGUGGAGACAAAGCCACGGUCGUGGAAGAGAAGGAGUCGGAAUGUAUCACACACCAGACGUGCAUUUCAUCGCCUGUUAAUUCACCGUCCCAAAAGACCAAAAGUGAAGCAGUGACUGGAGAGUUGUCAAAGCUCUUGGAUGAAAUCAAACUGUGUCAAGAGAAGGAUUACUCUUUCGAGGAUCUAUGUCACACGAUCUCAGACCACUACUUAGAUAAUCUGAGCAAGAUUUCAGAGGAAGAACUUGGGAAGAAUGGGAGCCAGGCAGUGAGGCCUUCAUCCACAAUAAAUCUGUCUCCAGGGGAGUUGGAAGAAGAUGAUGAUGAUGCAAACACUUGUGGUCCUUCAGGGCUGUGGGAGGCAUUAACUCCCUGUAACGGGUGCCGCAACCUUGGGUUCCCCAUGCUGAUGCAGGAGUCCUAUCCAAAGAAGAGAAAUUAUACGCUGGAAAUGGUGCCAUCUGCUUCCCUCAAUCCAUUUUCUGCAGAAAAUGAAAGUGGCCUCAGUGACCUCACAGACACAGCGGUCACGAAGAAGCCUUGCUCCUUAGAAAUAGCAAGGACACCUUCCUCGAGGACAGAUAAUGCAUCUCAGGUAGCAAUUACGGCUCCAGGAAGCGGUAACCAUAGAAACAGCUCAACAGGCCCCACACCUGAUUGCUCACCUCCAUCUCCUGACACUGCCCUCAAGAAUAUUGUCAAAGUGAUACGACCUCAGCCUAAGCAACGGACAUCAAUUGUGUCUUCCCUGGAUUUCCACCGCUUGAAUCAUAGCCAUAAUGACUUGGAAGCCAACUCCUUCCCAGCAUGUAAAAACUUUCCUGACAGCCCCUCAGUCACUCCGCCCAACUGCUCAACCGGAUCCCUGGAAGGCAGCAGUGAAGGUGCUGACCAGACAGAUUCCUGUCAACAAGAAGAGAAUGACCCUCCAGAGGAACAUGAUCCUGGGCAAUUUGCUGGCCUGCUCCAUGGAUCUUCUCCAGCCUGUGAGUCCCCUGAUAAUCCACUUCGUCUCUAUAGCAAAGCAAAUAUGUGUGGAGGAGCACAGGAAGAAAUUAGUUUGAUGAAUAAUCCUCUCCAUUAUCAGCAGCCUCCACCAGGAAAUAACCCAGGCGCUCCAGUAAAGAAAAUUAAGCCCAAAGUGGUUAGUAGAACCAUUUUUCACACAAAAAGCAAUCCAUUAGAAAAUCACACCCUUGUUGGCACAAGAACAGCAAGAAAUGGAACAAGAAAUGGGAAUGGGGACCAGUGGGGUGUUAGCACAGGAGGAUUCGUGGAGCGAGCCUGUACUCUGGGAAGGAUACGGUCUUUGCCAAAGGCCCUUCUUGAUUUGCAUUUGUCCAAAAAUGUUUCCAAAUCUGAUUCUGAUCUCAUUGCCUACCCAUCCACUGAGAAAACUUCAAGGGUGAACUGGAGUGAAUCCUCAACAACUGAACCCAGUUCUAAAGGGAAUUCUGAGAGGACUCCUUCCUUCACUUCUGAAUGGGAAGAAAUUGAUAAAAUAAUGAGCUCCAUAGAUGCUGGAAUCAACAAUGAACUUGAAGAGAUGAAUGAUGAUAUUACAAGACCCCGGUGCCCGGUCCAAACGGUGGGACAAUGGCUGGAGAACAUCGGGCUACCUCAGUACGAGAACCACUUGGUGGCCAAUGGAUUCGACAAUGUGCAAUUUAUGGGAAGCAAUGUGAUGGAGGAUCAGGAUAUGUUUGAAAUAGGUAUCCUUAAUUCUGGACACAGACAAAGAAUUCUGCAGGCGAUCCAGCUCCUUCCAAAGAUGAGGCCCAUCGGCCAUGAUGGCUAUCAUCCCACCUCUGUGGCAGAGUGGCUGGACUCCAUUGAACUGGGCGACUACACCAAAUCUUUCCUCAUUAAUGGCUAUACAUCUAUGGACCUGUUGAAAAAAAUCUGGGAGGUGGAGCUAAUUAACGUUUUAAAAAUCAAUUUGAUUGGCCACAGAAAGCGUAUUUUGGCAUCCCUGGGAGACAGGCUACACGAGGAUCCUCCACAGAAACCCCCUCGCUCCAUCACCCUCAGGGAACCCAGUGGUAAUCACAGCCCUCCUCAGUUGUCUCCAUCACUUAGCCAAAGUACUUACACCACUGGGGGCUCCCUAGACGUUCCACACAUUAUCAUGCAGGGUGAUGCAAGGAGAAGAAGAAAUGAAAACUACUUUGAUGAUAUUCCCCGAUCGAAACUGGAGAGACAGAUGGCCCAGCAGUCGUCUGUCUGUGAAAUAUGGACGAACCAGAAUGCAGGAUUUCCAUUCUCAGCGAUCCAUCAGGUUCAUAAUACAGGAGACUGGGGAGAGCCCUCCAUUACCUUGAGACCUCCUAAUGAAGCCACGGCAUCAACACCUGUCCAGUACUGGCAGCAUCACCCAGAGAAACUCAUCUUCCAAUCAUGUGAUUAUAAAGCUUUUUAUUUAGGUUCCAUGCUGAUUAAAGAACUUCGAGGGACAGAAUCAACACAAGAUGCUUGUGCAAAAAUGAGGGCCAACUGUCAGAAAUCUACAGAGCAGAUGAAAAAAGUCCCAACGAUUAUUCUUUCAGUCUCUUAUAAAGGAGUCAAAUUUAUCGAUGCAACAAAUAAGAACAUUAUUGCUGAGCACGAAAUCCGGAACAUCUCCUGCGCUGCUCAAGAUCCCGAGGAUCUCUCCACAUUUGCGUAUAUCACAAAAGACUUGAAAUCAAAUCACCAUUACUGCCACGUGUUCACAGCCUUUGAUGUGAAUUUAGCCUACGAAAUUAUCCUGACACUAGGACAAGCGUUUGAAGUGGCUUACCAGCUCGCGCUCCAAGCAAGAAAAGGUGGGCAUUCCUCAACGCUCCCAGAAAGCUUCGAAAACAAACCCGCCAAGCCCAUUCCCAAGCCGCGAGUUAGUAUUCGCAAGUCAGUGCAGAUAGACCCUUCGGAGCAAAAGACUCUCGCCAACCUACCCUGGAUUGUAGAACCGGGACAGGAAGCCAAAAGGGGAAUAAAUACCAAGUAUGAAACUACAAUUUUCUGAUACUAAACCGCCCUCUCGUCCUUGUUGUGCCUUGCACAAGCAGUCACAGCCCAGCCUUCCUUUGUGGCGACCUUUCCACCCCGCCAACAGGGAAGCCUGCGCUGCCCACGUGGCCUUGUCACUCACAAAAGGCCCCGUGCACCAGCUCUUUCUGGCAAUGUUCUUCCUGAACCAAUGACCGAAGAAUGCAUCCAAGACUUUCCCAUUGCAAUCCGUAAGAGGAGGGAGUUGAGAGCCCCCCCCACACCAUUUCCCAUCCCACCACCAGGCCUCCCCAAUCCUCCCCCACCACCAACCCCAACAAGGCAUUUCUAGUGACACUUGCCACCGUGCUAUCCUUGGUUGGUUAUUUGGAGAUUGUACUUUUUAUUCUUCUUAUUUUCAUUUUAAAAAGAGUCUCUAACGCUUCCGAAGAAUACAAAAAUUUGGGCUUCUUUUUUCAUCGUUGGCAGUUUUAAAAUGACAUCAGAAAAGACCUUGCGCCAUAUAGUAUUUGUAAACUCACGGAAUUGCUACCUAUCGUUUAUUGUAGGCAGACAAAAAAAAUCCCAAUAAUUGCCAAGAAAUUCCAUUUCCUAAUUUCUAUACUUGUGGGUUUUCUAUGUCAUCAUUUGUGUCAUGGUAGCCUAUAAAAAUAGCCUUUAAUCCUAUGACAGAGUGAAAAUUUAAGAAUGGUUUAAAAAAAGAGGAAUUUAUGCACAGAUGUGUCUCUUGUAUUAAAUAUUUUUAUUAAAAGAAUGUCUCAUUGAUGCAACAAUAAGGAACUGAGGUUAAAUGUUACAGGAUAUUUCUGCUUUAUUUUGCAUAAUGAAAUCUCUGCUGUUCCCUCUUUAAAAAAACAAAACAAAACUGGAGCAGCCAUGGCCACAGGGGCACAAAUUGCUCUGUGUAGGCAGAGAAAUCAGAAGCAGGCGAGUCAUUGCACUAUGGAGAGCUAGCAUUGAGAUGGAGGAUAUUGCUGAUAGCUGUGAACCCUGCAAAUAUUUUUUAAAAUCUUUAUGGCGUGUAUUUUUUAAAAAAUACAUUUGGGACCUAGGGACCUUGCUAUCGAGAUUUCUGUGGUGGAAACCGUGUUUGAGAAAAGUGUUGAUAAAAUUCUAUUGCAAAAACCUUUUUUCUAAAAAAAAAAAAAAAAAAGCAACAAAAUGAAACACAUGCAAAAAAAACCAACUAAAAAGAAGAAAUUCCAAAGUAAUAAAACUCUUUUCUUGAAAUGAACAACAACAACAAAAAAAGAAUUGACCAUUUGCUUACUAUUUGAUGAAAUAAAAUUUACUUACAUUUCUUUAAGGUAUUUUAAUUUUUUUAAUGUCUCUGUGGAGUAUUUGUAUGAUACCAUAAUGUAUAUUUAUGUAGAACUGAAUUAUUAAAAAAAUACAGUACCAAUAUCAUUAUAGACAAAACUGGCAUUUUACUGUAUAUUGUUCUAACCAGUCAAAUUGUGAAUCAUUUUGAAGUUCAUUAUAGCGAUAUUGAUAAAUUGUGUGGUUGUCUUAAUGUUUUUUUAAUUAAUUAA